AUGUCUCCCUCUCAAGUCUCAAUUAAUGCAAAUGGCACGACUCAAUUGACGAAAAGGCCUCCCGACUCGAAGUCCCCCCAAAACAGAUCAGACAGUUGGUGGCCCACGUCCUCGGGGGCAUAUCGGACCACUGAUGCCGAAAAUCUCUCCCUCUCCAUUUUCUCCCUGUGCUCGAUCUUGCUAUCCACUACGACGAACACACCCUGCUUCCUGCACGCCUGGUCAAACGCCGUGUUGAACUUCUUAAAAAUCUCCCUCACUUUGGCUGGGGGUGCGUCCGCUGCCGUCGGAUCCGACGGGAUCGAGUCGAUGACGUGGCCCCAUCCCAGCCGCUCGUACCUCUCAACGAACUGCUUUACCUUCGAACCACUCCUCCCCGAGGAGGUUCCCCAGUUUGGAGCCACGCGCCUUUACGACGACGUAUUGGAGGUUGUUCACGAGAAAGAGCGCUUGGCCUUCGCGUCGAGAUUGCAUAGGAGCAUUAGGAGCAGCCACGCCAUUUUCCGGCCGACCGCCGUCUCCGGCGAGUCAGAUUCCGGCGGUAGUACUUCAGAAAGCACGCCACCAUAUUCGGCGAGGCCCGACAAGCCGUGGACCCCACCUUCGGCGACCGGCGGCAACUUCACCGGUUCCUUGAUGACCGUCGCCUCGAAUUCCCCGAGCGCCACACAGGCAGACUCUGCUAGCCGCUCGAGCGCAGCCAGUGCCUGUGCUCUGGCCGCGCCCGACGGCUUGCCGGAGAAAACUGACUCGAUCUCCGGCAAGAGGCCGGAGAUCGCGCGGUGCAUGUCGAGCAAUCGAAAAAUUCUCUCCGGCAAGCCUCGUGGGGCGCCGUGCCUCGCCACACAUUCCGGGAAGGCGAACAGGAUCUGCGCGCCUUCCCGGGUGACGUCGGCGAAGCACGACUCGCGUAGCGAGUCGUCGCUCGCGAAGACAUGGUCGCAGAGUAUCCGCUCGCCCGUGAAGAGCGUCUUCACUGCGGUCGACACCCCGGCUAGCCACGUCUCGACCCGCCAGUCGAGCGUUUCUGGGUCGGACUUAUUGACUUGCGACGAGCUCAAUUUCUCGACUCCGAGUUUGUAA